AUACCUCCUUAUGGGAUGGAAUCAUAUAUAAACUCAGACUCACUCCUAAAUGAUAGAUAAUAUUGGGUGUUACAUACGUGUAACAAAUCAACAUGGUUGAUCGCUUAUGUCUGGUGUUCUUGGCUGUGAUUGCCACGGCUAGUGGACGCACAGCCUAUUGGAGCGCACCAGAUAAUCUCCAACCAGUCCAUGGACUUUAUGUGAAGCCAUCUAUGGACGGAACGACGGGAGAUCUGUACGUGGCAGCCACAGAAGAAAAUGGAGUCAAAUCACAAUGGCUAACUGACCAGCCCGUCAACUUUCUACCAGUAGCCGCUGCUCAUACACAACCAACUGUCGCAUAUCCGCCAAAUAUCGCCAAUUCGGAUGAAACAGCGAAUACGCAGAAACGAGCAGUAGUCAACCCUCCUCUUCAAUAUGCCUAUGCGUACCCUGUGCCAGGAAAUCCUGAAGGUAACUCAAUAGUUUCUUAUCCUUACCCUGUCUCGGCAUCUAACGCCUUGCCUUCUAAUCCGACUGAAAUACGUAAUACAGGUGAUGCCCCUGCUAGUACCACUCUUCCCCAGUAUAAUCCUUUUCACUACUUUUAUCCUCAAAUAAUAUCAGCAUAUGCUGAUCUUUUAAAUAACCUCAAGGAGACAGGAAAUACCGAGGAAGCGACUGGUUCGGUCACGAAUAAAACUCCAGCCGCUUGGCCUCCGACAUAUGCAUACCCUGUACAAUACGUAAUGGUGGACCCCAGCCUGUGGGCACAGAGUCAAACUGCCUCUGGAGUAUCGACAACCUCAACUACAUCAGCUGGCGUGCCAGUUAUCGAUAAUGAAUAAUAAAAAAGUUACUUGAAAAUGUAAAAUUUAUAAUUAGAUAUAAUAAUUUAUUGUUUAUUUUUAAGCCCAUAAAAACAUUAUGUACUAAAUAAAGAUUAAUUAAUUCAA